CGAUCUCGAGCGCUGAGCUUCUCAUCGUCUUCUCCGAUCGCUAUCGCCAUCGACAGACCGCGCUCGAUCGGGACGGACGAAGCUGGUACACAUGGCGAGCUACGGCGACGACGGCGUCGACCUCACGGAGCUGACGCUGGCGCCGCCCGGCGCCAACGCGCGCAAGGCGAGACGAGCGAGGAAGAACGGCCAGCCGUCGUCGUCGUCUGCCAUGAUGCAAGCGUUCGUGAAGGUGAGUAUGGACGGGACGCCGUACCUGCGGAAGGUGGACGUGGCGGCGUACGGAGACUACAGCGAGCUCGUGGAGGCGCUCAACGAAAUGUUCUGCUGCUGCUCCAUUGGGCUCAUGGACGGGUACGGCGAUUGGGAGCACGCCGUGGUGUACGAGGACGGCGACGGCGACUGGAUGCUCGUCGGCGACGUGCCGUGGGAGAUGUUCGUGUCUUCGUGCAAGAGGAUGAGGGUGAUGCGAUCGUGCGAGGCGAGAGGGCUGAGCUCGAACGCGUGACAGACAGAAUGCAACGUGCAACCACACAAGAUCGAGAAGAGCAGAAUGUGUAGGCCUGAUCCGUACUGAACUUGCACAUAGCUUAUGCAAGUGGUGACCAAGCUGACGAAGGUGAUGACGCAUGUACAAUUCCAUCUACGUAACGACUGCACAUCAUUGGGAAUAAAUGUUAGUUGACGCUAGAACGUACGGCCGGUCUCCGGCUUGCUGCUUCUCACAUGAGCCAGAUAGGGUUGAUUUUCCUGAUAUCCAAAUAUAUUAGCUUCACUGCUGCUGAUUUUCUAGUUUUUUUUUUGGAUGUAUGUCACAUGUACAUGUAUCAAGAGUUGUUU